ACCUCCCCAAAUAAAAACAGAAUAAUAAAAAAAAAGAAAACAGGAUUCCCUGAUCAAAACCUGAUUAGAGGAUUGUCUAAAAUACACUCUCCUAUUAGUUUUUUGUUUCAGCUUAAACAGGCAGAGCACCCCUUUAUUUCGGUAUAUGGUACAUUCCAAUUAGAUAAAUUAGGCCCAGGUGGAGCUGUAGGUUGCAGGUCAUUGAGUGUCCUGCUGAUUUAUUUGACAAAUCCUUGUUUGAUCUUGUGCUGCAAAACCUGAUAUUAAAGAUGGGUGAGAGGUUGCAAAGUCAAAACACAUAUGUUUGCUCUUUUUCUGAUUGUAAUGCCACAUUUAGGAAGUCAUGGAAGUUAGAGGCUCAUCUGUGUAAACACAGUGGAUCGAAACCGUUUUCCUGUGAGAACUGCGAGAAGACCUUCUACACUCGCUAUGAGCUCACCAGGCAUGAACGGGUGCAUAGUGGUGAAAAACCCUGCAAGUGUCUUACUGAUGGAUGCUUGGAGGUUUUUGCAACUAAUGCCAGCAUGAAAAGCCAUGUUGCUCGAGUCCACCAGCACCAAGAAAAGCGAUAUCAAUGUGACUAUCAAGGAUGUGGGAAAGAUUUUGGCAAGAAAAAACAACUAAAUGCCCAUAAGAGUGAGCAUGGGGAACCUUCUGCUUUUCACUGUACAUUCAGUGGAUGUGGAAAAGAGUUUCCGAGCCAAGGCAAACUGAAGCAUCAUGAGAAAACUCACCAGGGUUACCCCUGCACCAUUGAACAGUGUUCGUACAAAGGUAAAACAUGGACUGAAUAUCUAAAGCACAGAGCACAACACAAAGUGAAGGUUGUGUGUGAAGAGUGCAAAAAGCUCUUCAACAACCCUUGGUUCUUGCACCUGCAUGUGCUCCGCUUGCACUCUGGGGAGAAGAGGUACUUUGCAUGCCCCACAGAGGGCUGUAACAAGAAGUUCACCAGACGCUUCAAAUUGGAGAAGCAUGUGGUGGGAGACCAUGAGUUGGAAAAGACCCUCACCUGUACAUAUGAUGGCUGUGGGAAGACCUUUGCCUUGAAGGAAAGCUUGUUGCGACAUGGUGUGGUUCAUAACCCUGCAAGAAAGCUGAAGAAAAAGAAGCCUAAAAACAAGCAGCUCUCGCAGGCUGUGCAGGAGGCUACCCAGUCGACUGCAAACGAUCAAGAAGAAACUAGCAAGCUUGCUGCAAAGUUGCACACUACAACUUUAACUGAUGAAAAACCUUGAAUCUGACUAAUCUGUCCGGCAGUGAUUCAGAAGGUUUGAAUAAAGCCCCAUGCA